AUUUGAUGUUAAUCAUGCUGUUUCCUCAUUCCAUCGCAUGCUCUCUAUGAAUCCUACCCCAUCCAUUGUUGACUUCACUAAGAUUUUAGGUUCUCUCGUGAAGAUGAAGCAUUAUCUAACUGCUAUUUCCCUUUCUGAACAUUUGGAAUUCAAGGGAAUUAAGCUUGAUAUUGUUACUUUUAAUAUCUUGAUUAAUUGUUACUGUCACUUACGUCAAAUGAAUUUUUCCUUUUCUUUAUUCGCUAAAAUUCUCAAGAUGGGACUUCAAGUAGAUAUUAUAACUUUGACUAUUCUUAUGAAAGGUCUAUGUCUUGACAAUAAGGUUCAGGAAGCUCUGCAUUUUCAUGAUCAUGUUAUUAAGCAGGGAUUUCUAUUGAAUCAAGUUAGCUAUGGGACCUUGAUAAAUGGGUUGUGUAAAAUGGGGGAAACAAGAGCCGCCCUGCAAUUGCUGAGACUAAUUGACGCGAAAUUUGUCAAUGCUGAUGUGGUAAUGUAUAACACUAUAAUUGAUAGUUUCUGUAAAUACAAUUCUGUAAACCAUGCCUAUGAAUUGUAUGUUGAAAUGAUUUCAAAGAGAAUUUCUCCUACUGUUAUCACUUUCAGUGCUCUGCUAUAUGGAUUUUGCAUGGUUGAUAAAUUAAAAGAAGCAUUAGGUUUGUUCUAUGAAAUGACAAUGAAAAAAAUUUACCCAAAUGUUUAUACUUUUAGUAUAUUGGUGGAUGGCUUAUGCAAAAAAGGAAAUGUGAAAGAAGCUUUGAAUGUGUUAGCUAUAAUAAUUAAACAGGGUGUACAUCCAACAGUUGUUACUUAUAACACAUUCAUGAAUGAUGAUACCCGAGUUCAUUCCAUCGAAUGUUACCUUGAUGACGGAAACGUAGUUAGACUUCCCUGUUUGAAACUCGCUGACUGCUUGGGUUUAUCACCCCACCUCAAGCAGUGCUACUUUUACGAAGAGGGUAGUGAAGACUAG